AUGAACGCUUUCAGAAUAUCGAAAGUGUUCAGUGCUCUAAANAUGGCUACGAAAGCUCAGGUGCUGUGUUUCAGAAUAUCGAAAGUGUUCAGUGCUCUAAAUGCGCUUGGAUUACUGCUUCCAGUAUCGUAUGCAAUGAUAGUACACGAGGAUGAUGCCAUCGAAUUCACUAAAGCGACGAUUAUGUUAUGCGCCUGUUGCCACACUUUAACACAGAUACUGCUGUGCAGCAUUCACUAUGAACGCUUUCAGCGUUUGAUCGAAACUAUAAAUGCUACAUUCAAGAACGCGAAGUCCUAUGAAAGAUGCGUGUUUCAACAAUACGUCGACACGUACUCCAUGUUUUAUGGGCUGGCAUCAUUGUGGUAUUACCUAUCAACAACGGUCGUUGUUUUCGGAAGUAUUAUAUUACCUCAACCAUUUCCGGCAGUCUCCAAGUAUCCGUUCCGCGUCGAUUACGAACCCGUGAGGACUAUAAUCUUUGUUCAGCAGGCCAUUGUCGGCUUCCAAUGCUCCGCAACGGUCUGCGUGAAUAUGUUCGCGGCACUCUUAAUUCUGUACACUGCGGCGAGGUUCGAGAUUCUGAUGAUAGAUAUAAAAGAAGCUACCAGCGUUGAUGCAUUGGUCAUGUGCGUAAAAAAGUAUCACGUAGUGACCAGAUUCGCGAAGGAUGUUCUCAAGGGUACUAGGUAUAUAGCUUUGUUCACGGUAGUUUAUAGCGGUAUAGCUCUUGUACUCUGUGGUCUGAAUAUUAUAGGACGGCAACCCUUCGAGGUAAAACUGCAGUUUUUUCUCAUGGCUUGGAUUACAUUGUUGGAGGUUUUCAUGUGCGUGUUGCCGGCAGAUAAUCUGUUAAAUGUGGUGAGUUGUGAAUCUAAAAUUAAUGUUAUUUGA